AUGGAGGCAUCAAGAAAACCUCAGGGUAACCCCAUGAGCGCAGCCUUGCAGAUGACGGCGUUCGGUCUUGCUCUUCUCUCAACCCUCUUCCUGCUCCUUGCCACCUGCACCGACUGCUGGAUGGUGAAUGCUGAUGACAGCUUGGAGGUAAGUCACAAAUGCCGGGGGCUUUGGAGGGAGUGUGUCACCAACAUGCAGGACGGGGUCAGGACCUGUGACCAGUAUGACUCCAUUUUGGCAGACCAUCCAGUGAAGAUUGUGGUGACGCGGACCCUGCUGAUUGCAGCAGACCUCCUGGCUGGCCUGGCUUUGGCUACAUUGCUCCUUGGGCUCGACUGCAUCAAGUUUCUCAAGGAAGAGCCUCGUGUCAAACUGAAGAUGUGCUAUGGGGCCGGUGUCAUCCUCAGCAUUGGGAGCAUCCUGGGUCUUGUGGGCUCUGUGUGGUAUGCGGUAGACGUCUACAUGGAGAGAGCCAUGCUGGUGUCGCACAACAUCUUCCUGGGAGUCCACUACGAUUUUGGGUGGUCGUGCUGGCUGGGGAUGGCUGGCUCGACAGGCUGCUUCAUGGCGUCCGUCCUGCUGACCUGCUGCCUCUAUGCCUGUGCAGGUCAGUCUGCCCUGUCCCCCCCAAGCCCACCUGAAGUAGCCUUUUGCCCUGCAGGGAUCUGUGACACAACCCCGACUCUUUUCCUGGCAGAACCCAGCAGCCGCUGGCAACCCCAGAGGCUUCCCCAGCCCCGAACGGCCACCAGCAAGAUGUACGCCAUGGACUCCCGCGUGUGA